UGGCGCUCGGAGCGUGGGCCGCGACUCUCACGGAUCCGGUUCCGCCCUCCCUCUCGUUGCCGACCCUCCGGGGCUAGCGCCCGAGAUCCCUUUCCCAGAGUGCUCUGCGCCGUGAAGAAGCGGCUCCCGGGGACUGGGGGCAUUUUGUGUUGGCUGGUGCCGGAGUAACAAGAUGGCGGCGUCGGCGGAGUGACAGGGGUCCCUCUGGGCGGGAGCCGGCGGCAGUGGUGGCAGCGGUAUCGCCGCCCUAAACCACCGCGCCCCUUUUCCAGCCCGCGACGUCGCCGUGAAAGCGAGCCAGCGGCGGCCGCCCAAAAACAAGUGGCCCAGCCUCGUAACCGAGGGAACCCACUCACAAACUGCGGCCUGGCGAAAAGAAGCCUGAUUGAGCGGCGGUGAUCAGGUUCCCUUCGGCCGAUUCUGGGCCCUGUAACGCCUUGAAAGAGCCAACGUUUUUCGUUUCCUGCCGCCCCCCUCCGCAGCCUUGUUCCGCGGACGAGCCCCUGAGGCCUCAGUCCUCCCCUCAGAGGUGUCGGGGCUUGGCCCCAGCCUCCAUCUUCAUUUCUCAGGAUGGCGAGCAGCAGCGGCUCCAAGGCCGAAUUCAUUGUCGGAGGAAAAUAUAAACUGGUACGGAAGAUCGGGUCUGGCUCCUUCGGGGACAUUUAUUUGGCGAUCAACAUUACCAACGGCGAGGAAGUGGCAGUGAAGCUAGAAUCUCAGAAGGCCAGGCAUCCCCAGUUGCUGUACGAGAGCAAACUCUAUAAGAUUCUUCAAGGUGGGGUGGGCAUCCCCCACAUACGGUGGUAUGGUCAAGAAAAAGACUACAAUGUGCUAGUCAUGGAUCUUCUUGGACCCAGCCUUGAAGACCUCUUCAAUUUCUGUUCAAGAAGGUUCACAAUGAAAACUGUACUUAUGUUAGCUGACCAGAUGAUCAGUAGAAUUGAAUAUGUGCAUACAAAGAAUUUUAUACACAGAGACAUUAAGCCAGAUAACUUCCUAAUGGGUAUUGGGCGUCACUGUAAUAAGUGUUUAGAAUCUCCAGUGGGGAAGAGGAAAAGAAGCAUGACUGUUAGUACUUCUCAGGACCCAUCUUUCUCAGGAUUAAACCAGUUAUUCCUUAUUGAUUUUGGUUUGGCCAAAAAGUACAGAGACAACAGGACAAGGCAACACAUACCAUACAGAGAAGAUAAAAAUCUGACUGGCACUGCUCGAUACGCUAGCAUCAAUGCACAUCUUGGUAUUGAACAGAGUCGCCGAGAUGACAUGGAAUCAUUAGGAUAUGUUUUGAUGUAUUUUAAUAGAACCAGCCUGCCAUGGCAGGGACUAAAGGCUGCAACAAAAAAGCAAAAAUAUGAAAAGAUUAGUGAAAAGAAGAUGUCCACUCCUGUUGAAGUUUUAUGUAAGGGGUUUCCUGCAGAAUUUGCCAUGUACUUAAACUAUUGUCGUGGGCUGCGCUUUGAGGAAGCCCCGGAUUACAUGUAUCUGAGGCAGCUAUUCCGCAUUCUUUUCAGGACCCUGAACCACCAAUAUGACUACACAUUUGAUUGGACAAUGUUAAAGCAGAAAGCAGCACAGCAGGCAGCCUCUUCAAGUGGGCAGGGUCAGCAGGCCCAAACCCCCACAGGCAAGCAAACUGACAAAACCAAGAGUAACAUGAAAGGUUUCUAAGCAUGAAUCGAGGAACAGAAGAAGCAGAGCAGAUGAUCGGAGCAGCAUUUGUUUCUCCCCAAAUCUAGGAAUUUUAGUUCAUAUGUACACUAGCCAGUGGUUGUGAGCAACCAUUUACUUGGUGUAAAGAACUUAAUUUCAGUAUAAACUGGCUCUGGGCAGCAUUGGUGAUGCCGUGUCCCGAGUUGUAGCCGCUGUAAUUGUGAAUAUUAACUGAGAUAGUGAAACAUGGUGUCCAGUUUUCUAUUGCAUUUUUUCAAGUGGAAAAGUUAACUAAAUGGUUGACACACACAAAUUGGUGGAGAAAUUGUGCAUAUGCCAAUUUUUUUGUUAAAAUCUUUUAUUUUGAACUAUACUGCUUUGAGAUCUCAUUUCAGAAGAACGGCAUGAACAGUCUUCAGCCACAGUUGUGAUGGUUGUAAAUGCUCACAAUUGUGCAUUCUUAGGGUUUAUCCAUCCCUGGGGUUUGCAAGUUGUUCACUUAAAACAUUCUUAAAAUGGUUGGCUUCUUGUUUGCAAGCCAGCUGAUAUGGUAGCAACCAAAGAUUCCAGUGUUUGAGCAUAUGAAAGACUCUGCCUGCUUACCUGUGCUAGAAAUAACAGCAUCUAAAGUGAAGACUUAAGAAAAACUUAGUGACUACUAGAUUAUCCUUAGGACUCUGCAUUAACUCUAUAAUGUUCUUGGUAUUAAAAAAAAAAACAUAUUUGUCACAGAAAUUUAGUUAACAUCUUACAACUGAACAUGUAUGUAUGUUGCUUAGAUAAAUGUAAUCACUGUAAACAUCUAUAUGAUCUGGGAUUUUGUUUUUAUUUUGAAAUGGGAGCUUUUUUGUUUACAAGUUCAUUAAAAACUAAAAACUGUUUCUGUAAGGAAAUGAGAUUUUUUUUUUAACAACAAAAAUGCCUUGCUGACUCACUAUGAAAUCAAAAUCUCCCCAAUUUUUUAAUAGACUACUUCAAGCCAUUUGUUACAUACUAUUCCUUUGCAAAUCAUUUUAGAUUUAGUGUUACAACUUUUCCUCAGAUUUUUUUAUUUAAUUUUUUUUUUUUUUUUUUUUGUGGUCUGAAGGGGAAAGGCAUUCUUUCAUUUUUCCUGUUUUAGUGACUUGCAGGCACAGUCCCUAGUGCUGCAGCUGCCAGGGCUUGGUGGUGUAACUCCUGCAGCCUCAGACUACACAGCUGGACUGAUUUUGAUUAAGAAUGAAAGCGUUAAAGGGUUUAACUACCAUUUUGUAGUUUUUCUUUAAAUUCCUUGUUAAUUGGAGUUGAGCAGGUUGAUUCUUAACCUUGGAGAGCAUCCCACCAGGUGAGGUUCAUGUGAUUGCUGACCCUCCCUAAGCCCCUGUUCUUUUCCCUCAGUUAUCUGCGCUUCCUCUCAAUCUUAAAUGCACUCUUUUCUUGCCUCUCUCUGACCCAAGAGAAAGAAAGCUUACUGACAGUAAUUCUUUAAAUAGUGUAAUUUAUUCAUUUAUAGCAUGUCAGGAUAAAUUAAAAGAACCUUUGUCUGAAAAUGCUGCCAGAAGCCUGUUGUGUAAAUGUAGGUAUUUUGUAAAAAUAACCUUGAAACUGUACAUUGACACAUGUUUGGUCAGAUUGUGUCAGGUUUAAGUUUUAUUUCUUUUUUCUUUUUUAAAACUACUUUAGCAAUAAUUAAUCCCAUGAUUACCACAUUCUGCUAUUAAAGGGUCUGUUAGCACCAUCACACUGCAGAAAUCUUAAUGAGUGCGAACUUUUGGGGUAGGCAGCUUAUUUCUUUUCUAUCCACCCCUGUCAGUUAAGGUAUUUGUUUCUUGACUAAUAAUAAACCCUUUGAUACUUUUAGCCAGAAAUCAGUCUCAUAAAGCUAUUUUUGAGUAUAGUUUGUGUAAAAUAAAAAUGUUUAGCUUCGGUAAUAACUUUUCCAAGCUGAACUCCCUCUAGCAAGAUAUUUUUCAGUGCUUUUAUUUACUAUGCACUUAGACUAUGCACUUUUUCUGAAAUAUUUUUGUAACACUUAACUUUUUUGUAUUUUUGCCAUUUGAAAAGGUUGUGGUGUAGUUGGUCUGUAAUUAAGUUGCAGAUUUAAAACUGCUGUUAGCUUUGUAAAUCAAAAUAUAGGUGUUUUUGUCCUGGUAUAUCUUCAUUCCAUCUGCAGCUGGAGCUGGAAUCCCAUUGAUCUUCUAGCUACCAUUCAUUUUCUUCACAGUUCACAAAAGAAGAAUGUGAAAUUCAGUGAAUGCUGUUACUAAUCCUGUCGGGAGAUGAAUCUCAUUUCACCAAAAUUAAAUUAUGUUUUUCCACUACAAUGAUGAUACAAGUUGAAGACACAUCACUCUGAAAUUGGAAGACCUCACCACUUAAGGCUCCGCAGUGGCUUACCCAGCUGAACUCUAGGUUACUACUCUACUUUGUUCACCCAUUGGGGGGUACAGUUUUUUUUUAAAUGUUGGGAGAUGGCCAUUCUAACUACUGUUGAAUGUCUCUGUUUUGGGAAGGUAUAACAAGAAAAUAAAAAAGAAUAUAUAUGAAGGGAGA